GAGAACCCGGGAAGCGACCGCCAGAGUCGGCGACGCCAUGUUGGGAAGGGUAUGGCAACAAUUCGAUUACCGUGUGGACGUCUGCCGAGUCACUCAUUGUUCCCACAUCGAAAGUUUAUGAGGCAGUGAUGUGGAGGACAAGCGUUCUGGCUGCCGCCCGGAUCGUCGGCGCGGGCCUUGCUGGCUCAUGGGCCAUUGGACUCCUGGUCCUGGUGGGGCAGGUCGCCGGCGAAGUGAGUGGCCCGUCCACCAUCUUAGCACUCCUCAUCGCAGCCAUAAAUGCCGUUCUCACAGCUCUGUGUCAGGGUGAGCUGGAAGCAGCACGGCAUUCUGUGCUUGUGAAGCAACAUCGACGCCGAUAUGUGACAGAGGAUUUUCCUGCUUUCCUCACCCUGUGGCUUGGUCUCCUUGCCAACAUGACAGCUCUGGCAGCCUGCUCAAGGAGUCUCAGUGCUACCAUGGACUAUAUCAGUGGCGGCCGCUGCCAGCAGUGGAUCCAGGCCAAAAUUGGAUCCCUACCCAGCGUCCUGGGUGGACAUCUCCCUGACUUCAUGGCACUGGCAGUCACUGCUGUUCCUUCUGUCCUCUUCAUGUUGGGGCUUGAACACUCCAUGGCAUUGCAGCUGCUGCUGAACAUCAGUCUGGCUGUGACCGUCAUGUUCUUUGUCAUAGUCGGAUCGCUGAAGGCUGACAUCUCCAACUGGACUGGGCAGAACUUCAUGGCUGCUGGGUCAUCAGGGGUGCUCACAGGAACUGCAAUUUGCUCUUUUGGCUUCCUGAGUUUUAUUGGCAUCAUGCCUCAGAGCUGGAGGAAGAGCCAAGGCCGAAGACAAAAAGUUACUGCUGCGGGUGCUGCCCUGCUUGUCAUGUUUGUCUCUUACUCUGCAGUUGCUGUGGUUGUCUCCCUGAUGGUGCAGUUUCAAGCUGUGAAAUGGUCACCUGUACCCCUGCUUCAUGUGUUUGAAGUCCGUGAUGUUGACUGGGCCCGCCUGGUCAUGGCAUCCCUCAGUAUACUGGGCCUUGCUUUGGCUCUGCUUGAAGUGUGCACACCUCUGCACACCCUGGUCGUGCGUUUGGCUGGAGAUGAAUGGCAGGUGUUACCACAUAUUCUGGCUAGGGAGAAUUCCAGUAUGGGUACACCAAUACUAGCAAUAUUAGCUGCUGGGCUGCCUGCUAGUCUGCUGGCCUGUGUGUGCCCACUUUGGCUGUUGGUGCGUGUGAUGUGUGUGGGUCCACUUGUUGAUCAUGCUGUCAUGGCUGCCACAGUAAUUCACAAGCGCUACCAACCACACACUGGGACUGCAACAGACAAUGAAGUGAAAUAUUGUCAUGUGGGUCAGAAAUCCACAUCAGUCUGUCAUCCACAUGAUGAGUUUGAUGAGUUUGAUGAAGAUGACAUGGAAGCAGGUCAGAAACAACACAGGUUAACAGUCCGUUGUCUGAAGUCUGGCUUAGGCUUCUUACCAGCUGCCAUUCGCCAGCAUGUCUCGUCUGGACCUGACCAGCAAUACUACACAAGCCUCUCCAGCCCAUGCUCUCUUCAUGGUGACAUUACCAACCUCAGCAGCGCUACCCUCUCUUCUGAGUCUAUCACUGUCACCUACAUAGAUCCUGAUGACAUCAGCCUAGCAGAAGGAAAUGUGAUUCCCAGUCAAAUUAACUGCAGCCUUAGUAAUGAAACUGCAGUGACAUCACUGUCAUGUGAUUUGGCAACACAGGGUCAAGUUGAUAAAACAUGUAAUGGUUCAGUGAAAUCUAUCAGAUCUCUGGAAUCAAAGAUCAUGAAUCAAAGUGAAGUGGAAUUGAGAAAUGUCACCAAGUCACCAAGUUCUGUGAGACAUAUGCACAAUGAUAUGAAGGUUGUUAGUAAUGGUUCAAUCAUGUCUUCAGAAUCUGUUCUUUCUGCAAGAAACCACAGUGGCAGAGGCUCUGCUGGACCAUUGUUGUCAGUGAAUAAUGAUGAACAGGACAGGAGAGCUAUUUGUAAUGGUUCUGUGAAAUCUUCAACAGCACCAGUGAAUUAUAAUGACAGAAACUUGGUAAUUGGAGAUGAAGAGUUGGUUAAACUUGGAAGUGAGUCUGGCACGUUCGAAUAUUGUGAAGAACACAACAGUGCAGAUGACACUGGCAGUGAAGACACAACAUUGUCAUCUGCAUCAACCUGUGAUGAGAGUGACAGCAGUACAACCGACAUUGAUGCUAUCGUGGCAGAAUACAAGGAAAAAAUUAAAGUAGCAACAGCACAACCAAUUGUGUGUGCCCCCACAGCAGCCACAGGUCGUCGUGUUACGCUGUCCCUCAUUGGUGUCCUGGUUUGUGUAUCAGUGGUUGGUGUGACUACUGUCCUUUCUGAAGCUCUGAGUGCAUGGUGUGGGAGCCUGGGCCUCAUAGGAGCCUUGUUUUUGCUGGCUGUGAUUGCCCAACAGCCACAGAAUGACCAGAAAACAGAAGGCAGAGUACCUCUUGUCCCAUGGCUGCCAGCUUCAGUGGUGCUGAUUAAUGCAGUCCUGGGUUCACAGCUUAUAGCGACUGUGUGGCUGGCCACUGUGAUCUGGAUGCCUCUAGGAUUCAUACUUUACUGGAGAAAACGUGGUUUGUGGCGGACAUGUAACCGUCCAGGGGUAGGUGGCAGUGACUCAAGUAGGAGAGAGCAUAUUCGACUUCAUGCCCCUCCCCGUAAUCCUACAGUGUCCACACUAAUCCCCAGCCAUCACCAUCUGCCAGAUGAACGUUUCCGGCGCCUAACUCAAGUAGACACAAUUUUGAUAUCAAGAUGAUAGCCUGUAUGUUUAAAAAGAGCUGGGUAGAUUACUGUAAUAAUGCAAAUAAAGGAGUGAAAGAUCUUAUUUUAAAAGAUGUUAGUGUAUUUUCUUAUGUACUGAUAUAAUUAUUAAGAAUGUCUUGUUUUAAUGCUAGAUUGGAGAGAGUUGUGUCACAGAAUCGAAUUACUCUGGAACAAGGCAUACAUUGAAUAAUGUUCCAAAACAAACAUUAGUGUGUAUUUAGAAAUUGUCUUUAAUUUACAUGUUUACCUGUAAUGAGUCAAUCUGUCAAUCAAUUACGCAAGCAAUCAUCUGAAUAAGUAAUCUAUUUAUCUGUUGUUACAAAAUCUUUUGUAUUGAAAAGAAUAUUCAAACUUAUUAUUGUGUAG